GACACACAGCCCUGAGGUCAGUGCCAGUAUCACAUGUAUCCCUUCUCGGCGCAUGAGAAACAGAUAUCAAAUACGCACUGCCGAAGUGCUGCGUGUCGAACAACUUUGAUUGCCAACGUUGAUUUCUCUGACUUCAUUUCGUCCCAUUUUCGUUUGAAGAUACUAUUUAUUUUGUUAACAUUAGUUGAAAUAAAAUGACUGAGCAAUCGGCCCUGCUUCUGCGAAAACAGCUAGCAGAGCUCAACAAAAACCCAGUGGAAGGUUUUUCUGCUGGUCUGAUUGAUGAUGAUGAUAUCUAUCAGUGGGAGGUUGUCGUGAUCGGCCCUCAGGACACAUUGUUCGAAGGUGGAUUUUUUAAGGCACAUCUCAUUUUCCCUCAUGAUUACCCACUUCGGCCUCCCAAGAUGAAGUUUAUUACAGAGAUUUGGCAUCCUAAUGUUGCGAAGAACGGAGAUGUUUGCAUUUCCAUCCUACAUGAGCCGGGAGAGGACAAAUUUGGCUAUGAGAAACCUGAGGAGCGUUGGCUGCCCAUCCACACUGUAGAGACCAUCAUGAUUAGCGUGAUCUCCAUGUUAGCUGAUCCAAAUGGUGACUCGCCAGCCAAUGUGGACGCUGCUAAAGAAUGGCGAGACGAUCCCAACGGUGAGUUCAAGAGGAAAGUUGCCCGCUCUGUGAGGAAGAGCCAAGAAAUGGCAUUUGACUAGAUGCUCCAUCACUGUUACAUUUGUUCAGUACAUAUCAGUUCCCAUCUCCAUAUCUUGAAGUCAAUUUCAGGAUUUAUUUUGGCAUUGAUUUUAAAACCCAUGACAAGCUCAUAUCAAUUUAAUAGGUUUAAUCAUGUGUUGAAUUACAUUUAUGAGUGGCAAAGCUUCAUCGCGUAAACUGAAUUCUAACCAGCCCCCUGGAUAAAUUACAAACUUAAUAGGCGAUCACAUAUAUUUUAGUCACCAGUUAUUUGGUUUUGCACCAUUUAGGGAUAUAAAAGUCACCGUAAAAUAUUAUAUAUAAAUAUUUUUUAUCUGAAUGUGUGAGUUCUAGCACGUUUCGUUAAUUUCAAUUACCCUCCACCUUUCAGUGUGUCUGAAUUAUUUAUUAUCUUAAUUAGGGUGAAAUGUACUGCAUGACAUGUUGUGUUUUGAUUCGCUUUUUUUUAUCUGCCACUGAGCCAUCAAUUUUGAACCGUCUUUUAUGCAAUUUUGGCGUGUUUUGUGCGUUUAUGGUACUAGUAGAGGCUGAUGGUCAGAUUUCUCUUCUCACUGACAGCCCUAUUCCCUUAAAAAACAAAACAAAACAAUACCGCAGAUGUCUCUCAAAGGGCCAUCUCUUUCUCUGCUGCCUUAAGCUGUUCUCCUAUUGGAAAGGAAAAUUGUAUUCAGUGAUGUCAAGUCCGUCUCAACGUCUAGUCGGUUUUUGAGCUGGAAUCCUCUUUUGGACAAACCAAAAAGUUAGAUAUUUGCAUGAGAGAAAGAGAAUAUUUUUUUGUAUAAAUGGUAAGCUCAAAAGCUGUAUUUUUUUGUGUAUGUAAAUAUGAUGUACUGUACCAUAGCUCUAUCAGUCAUUUGUUUGUGAUGCCCCCCCCCCCUCACAUGUAGUUUUGUAACCUCAUUUAUGACUGUAUCCUGUUCACUCUUCUGUUCCCUUAAGGUCCUAUCAUUUAAUUGCUCAUUAAAAUGUAGCAUUUGUCUUACA